AUGGCGAGAUUGAAGAUAGGAGGGACAUGGGCAGGGGUGCUGGAAGAGGUGGACCUCCAGGCGUGGACCCUGGCUACGCUCCGCGACCUCGUCGCCGCCCGAUCGAACUCCCCCUCCUCCGACUCCAUCAACCUCAUCUGCGCCGGCAAGAUUCUCAAAGACGACGCCGUUCCGCCCCAAACUCUUGCCCAACUCGGCGUCAAGAACAAUGCGAAGAUCCUCGCCACGCGCACCUCCACUCCUCAGCAAGGACACUCCUUCCUCGCCCAGGAAGAACGCUCCUCCAGACUCGCGCGUAUAAGGGCGGCUGCGAAUGCGAUGGCGGACAGGCAUGCGGAUGGGGCAUUGCCAGUUGAAGACUUCAAUAUUGAAGUUGAGGAUCAGAGUGGACAGAAAGUGAGAUUAGGCUCUGAGACUGAUCAGAGGGCAGUGAUGAUGGGACUGAUGCUUCACGCGAAGGGGAAGCGACUUAUCAGACAGGGGAAUUACAAAGAUGCACUGGAAGUGCUUAGCAUGGGAGAGGAGUCAUUCUCUCUUUGUGAUCCAAAAGUCAUUGAGCUCAUUGACAAUGUUCCAAUACUACAAAUAGACAUGGUAUGGUGCUAUUUUAUGAUACGAGACAUCAGAUGGCUCUCAGAUGCAGGAAAGCGUCUUGAAAUGGCUCGGGAAGGUAUUGAACGUGCUCAUGGAAAGGAUUCUUUUCGCCUCAGACUCUUACAAGUAGGUCGAUAUCCAGAACUCGCAUUGCAUUUGAGACUAGAGCUACUUGAAGGGGUAGUGGCAUAUCAUAUUGGCCAAUUGGAGAAAUCCAAAAAAACAUUAGCCUCAGCAAGGACAAAGUUUAUCCAGCUGCAAGUGCCAGAUGAAGCCUUAUCACUUGUUAUGAGCAUGGGCUUUGUUGAACGCGAUGCAAAGCGAGCAUUGCGAAUGAACAAUCAAGAUGUUGGGGGUGCCAUUGAUUUCCUUGCUGAGGAGAAGGCAAAGAAAUUGCAAAAGAGGGAGGAAGAUAUUCGGAGGAGAAAUGAAAUUAAGGAACAAAAGCAGUAUGGGAUGACACCCUUAAAGAAAGCUGUGGAUCUAGAGAGAUUGAAGGAAUUGGUCUCUAUUGGAUUUGACAAGGAGCUUGCUGCUGAAGCCCUUAGAAGAAAUGAAAAUGACACUCAGAAAGCAUUGGAUGAUUUGACGAAUCCAGAAACUAAUUCUGCUUUGCAGGUCAAUAUCGAGUCAAGGAAAAGGAAGAGACAGAAACAAGCACGAGAUUCUGAAAUUAGAAACGUUGUGCAAAUGGGUUUCGAAAGAUCAAGAGUGGUUGCUGCUUUUGAGGCCGGAGGUAGUUUAGAAGAAGUAUUGCAAAGACUAACAGCACAACCUGGGACUGACCCCACACAACCUCAAGAAAAUUCAGCUUCUGCUUCCCAUGGUGGUGCAAGUUCAUCUGCUCCUUUGCCAGACAAUGUUGAUUCUGAUAUAGCGAUGAACGAGGUUGAAGAUCCCAGUAUAACAGAACAACGCGAUGUAGAGAUGGAAGAUGAGCUCUCUGCAGAUAUAGCGAAAGCAGAUGCCUUGGCUGAUUAUGACAUCGAAGUUAACGUCGAAGGGGAAGCCAUAACCGAGUACCUUUCCCUGGUUGAGUCGGCAGGCAGUUGUGGGAAAACUGCUCCUUCCCAGUAAGAAAAAAAUGAUUGAAUAAUAUCGACCAGUUUAUGUAAAUAGCAGGAUGUGAUAUAAAUAAUGAACGUAUUUCUGCUCUUCCUUGCGGGAGCUUAUGUAAAUAGCAUGAUGAGUACAACAUAUGAAUAUGUGCUCAUUCCCUGGAGUUUUUACGAUGGUAAAUUCAUUCAGCAUUAUUUAAAUACUUGAUUUGCUUUUGAAAUUCCCAAAUAUAACAAGGGAAAAUUUACACAAAA